AUGGAAACAGGCACAACUUUCCAGCUUCCCCCCUUCCCAGCCCCGCAGCUGCUCCUCUUCUCUCUAACCCUUCCUCGUCCUUUCCGAACACAGAAUGCGGUCCUAUGGCGGCACAUCACAAGGACUUCAAACAAGAGAGAACAAUCACAAAACGAUACCACCAGCAAGAGAGACCAAAACCAAGAUGUCUCAGUUUCCUUUCAAGCUGGCGUUGUUGCAUUUGCCGCCGCCCAUAUUGCCUAUAUCUACGCUUUUCUGCAGACAGCACAAACAAUAGCCUGGCCAACAUUUGUCACCACCUUUGCGGCAACAGUCGCUUUUGCAAAAUGGCUCGGUGUGAUCUAUCCACCUACAUCUUCAUCAGUAGCGAGCAAUUUCCUCGGCCUGAAAAUCUCGAGAGACAUGAAACCCCUUGUCCUCGUCUAUGCACUGAUCAUAAGCUCGAUGUUUGCGGUUGCUACUUCUAUAUCGAACUCUUCUAUGAUAUCCCAACGAGCGGCUGGCGCUGCAAUGUUUGUGGUCAGUGAUGUCUUUGUUGCUGCCAGUGCGUUUGGGACCACGUCUGUUGGCAGCCGAGGAUUGGUGAGGAUCGCCGUCGGUUACGGUUUGUAUUUUUGGGGGCAAAUGGUUAUUGCAGGUACCGUGGAGGGACUGAGUUCAAAUAUGCGGUCUGCGCGUGUCUACAAAGUGGCGUAA